AUGGAUCCAUCAACCUAUGCCAUGAUGCAGAACAUGCGGGCAGAGAAGGCGGCCGCCGAGGCGGCGGCAGCGGCGAAGGUCGCCGUGAAGAGUGAGCCCGGCUGCAGCGCUCCGCCGGCGGCGGAGAACAACACAAAGGAGGCCACUGGUCACGGGUGGGUGUCUGUCCCGCCCGGCUUCUCCACGCGCCAAAAACGAAAGCUGCAGCACGCCCCGGACAGACAUGACGGCGACACGGUCGGGUGGGAGGCGGCGCGGCAGCUUCUGCAGGGCGUCAUCACGCCGGCGCGGGAGCGCUCGUUCUUGGUGGCGGAUCCCUUCUCCGUCAUCGCGACGAGCUACAUCGCGACGCUCCAGGCGGCGAACUACGCGACGUGCUCGUUGGGGCACGCGCUGAAGCUCCAGGAGGAGCUGGAGAAAGCCAAAGGCGGCGGCGGUGGAGGAGGCACUCAAGGGGUAUGA